AUGGCCGCCCCGUUCUUUUCAACGCCUUUCCAACCUUUUGUUUACCAGAGUCCACAAGAUGCUGUGACACCAUUUCAGAUUUUGGGUGGGGAAGCUCAAAUAGUGCAGCUCAGGAGGAGUUAUUCACUUUUAUAUGGAUGUAUUCCAGGUUCCAUGUGCUACAUGUCAGGGUCCAUACAAAUGGAUAAUGUUUAUGUGCCUGAAAAUGAGGCAGGUGUGUGGCAGUGGCUUUUCGGAAAGAGUGUUACUAACAUAGUUCUCCACAAUACUGGUUCUAGUGAUGGGUUUGUGGGGAUUGCUGCUCCUACUUUAGCAAAAAUCCUCCCGCUUGAUUUAGCACUAUUUGGGGAGGAAAUGUUGUGCCAGCCAGAUGCAUUUCUUUGCUCGAUAAAUGAUGUCAAAGUAAAUAAUACAGUUGAUCCGAGGGCUCGCAAUGUUUUGACUAGUGCUGAGGGAUUUUUGAGGCAGAAGAUAUCUGGUCAGGGUCUUGCAUUUAUUGUCGGAGGUGGUUCUGUUGUACAGAAAAAUCUUGAGGUGGGGGAAGUACUUGCAGUUGAUGUCUCUAGCAUAGUUGCAGUUUCAUCGUCAUUAAAUGUACAAAUCAAGUAUAAUGGUCCAAUGCGAAGAGUUGUCUUUGGGGGCGACAAUUUGGCGACUGCUGUUAUUACGGGUCCCGGCAUUGUCUUCAUCCAGAGCAUGCCCUUUAAUCGGCUCUCACAACGCAUUGCUAGGGCCGUUACAUCGCCAAAUAUGAGAGACAAUCCCAAGUUUUUCUUCCAGAUAGCAAUCUUUUUCUUUCUAGCAUAUGUUGUUGUUGUGUCGUCUCUAAUCUUGACAGACAUAUGA